UUCACGUGGACCUGAGCUCAUUUAUUUUCCUUGGCACCCCUCCCUCCCUCUGCCCCAUCUCGCUUGAGCUCCGUGGAUCGUCUUCCUCGUCGCGGGAGCGCCGCCACCCAUCCCAGCUCCCUAGCUCGUCUACCUCCUCGCGCGAGCGCCUCCACCGCAGCACUCUGUACGUCUGCUGUAACUUGGGGUUGCCCAACUAGCUCAGCCACAUUUCUCAAUGGAAGAUCUCCCGGAGGAACUAUUCACAGAGAUCAUCGCAAGGAUUACCCAGACAAGUGAUCUGAACUCUCUUUCCCUUGUGUCGAAGCGGCUCUACACCAUUGAGGCAUGUCAGAGGAAAGCUCUCCACGUCGGCUGUGGCCUUUGCCCUGCUAGAGAAGCCUUGGCAUCACUGUGCUCCCGGUUCCCCAACUUGUGGAAAGUGAAAAUUGAUUACUCUGGAUGGGCAAGUGGCAACGGGAAUCAAUUGGACAAUAAAGGCCUCCUCGUGAUUUCAUCUCGGUGCCCCUUGCUGACUGAUCUCACCUUAAGCUUCUGUAAAUGCAUCACUGACUUAGGUCUUGGUUAUGUAGCUGAUUGCAAGAAAUUGGUGUCGAUCAGGCUGAACUCUGCACUAGAAAUAACUUCAAAUGGGCUUCUCGCUGUGGCAACUGGUUGCAGUAAUCUUUCUAUUCUCCACCUUGAGAACUGUGAGAAAAUAGAAAGUGUGGAGUGGCUGGAGUACCUUGGCUGGAACAGAUCGCUGGAAGAACUCGUGGUCAUGAAUUGCAAGGGAAUCAACGAGCAUGACCUCCUUAAGUUUGGUCCAGGAUGGAUGAAGCUCCAGAAGUUUGGUUUUGACACCAAGAAACGAGUAGUAAAUAUUCCUGGAGGUUAUGACUUUCAUGAUGACUUGUAUGACGCUCACAAUCCGAGUCAAUAUGAUUUCUGCUGUGAGACGUUGAAGGAUUUAAGGUUGGCGCGUUUUACAACUGGGACUGAAGUAGGACUUCGUGUUCUCUUGGGGAAAUGCAAAGCGCUGGAGAGGCUGUGCCUGGAGUACGUAUUUGGUCUAAAUGACAACGACAUUACUGCAAUAUCCCAGACCUGCCGCAACCUUAAAAGCAUCUCACUUUGGCUCAAACCUCUGCACUAUGAUGAUGCUUACAGGACAGGCUUUACUGAUAACAGCCUUAAGGCUCUAUCCCUCGGCUGUCCUAUGCUACAGGCUAUUGAACUCACUUUUGUUGGUUGCCAACCUGGUUGGCCAUCAGAUAUUAGCUUCACACAGGAGGGCCUUCUUGCUCUCAUUCAAUCUUGUCCCAUUCGUGUUCUUGUGCUAAAUGACGCCAACUUCUUUGAUUAUGAUGGAAUGAAGGCCCUUUCCAGUGCAUCAUUCUUGGAGAGACUUGAGCUUACGGAUUCUGAUAAGAUAACUGAUGCUGGACUGUGUUUCAUUGCGUGUGCCCCAUGCUUGACUAGUCUCACACUCCGGCGGUGUGACAAUGUGACUGAUGUUGGAUUGGCCGAGCUUGCACGUGCACAGAAGUUAGAGUCUCUGACCAUUGAAUGCUGUAGAAGCAUCUCUCAUCAAGCUGCGCAGGGAGCUGCCAGAUCAGUUCGCUACUCUAAAUCUUCACAAGUUGGCAUUGUAGAAAGAAUGUACUUCUAAUACUGUUAAUGAAGUUGCCUCCAAAAGCUGAUAAUAUGGAGUAGGUUAAUAUGGGACAACCGAAGUAACUGUUGUCUGAGUUGAGGAUACUCAACAUCUUAGUUAUGUAUAGUGUGUAAUACUCUUUCAUAUUGGCAUUUCUAUGUUAAUAUCUUGAUGACAAUGGGGAAUCCGAGUCGGUAGAGAUGGCGUGGUGUGUUAAUUGUUUGUAAGAAGAAUUCAGGUGGAAAUCUUUGUGUGUGGUGAUGAUUCCUGAUCGGCCGGAAUAGUCAACUGGAGUAUUUUUGUUAAACAAUGGUAAAAUAAUCAGGGAAGAAAAAUUUGUUUUGUGGA